AUGUUUAAUUACAACAUUUCGUACAGGAAAGCGUGGAAGGCAAAGCAAAAGGCAAUAACAAUUGAAUAUGGCGACUGGGAUGAGUCUUAUGCCAUUCUUCCGUCAUGGCUGAAACACAUGCAAAAUCAUUCGCCAGGAUCGUAUUAUCAAAUUUGUGAUGAUGAUUUUGUUGUUGGCAAUACUGUCAGCCGUGAACACCGACAGUUCCAUCGAGUCUUUUGGACCUUCGGUCAAUGCAAAGAGGCUUUUAAAUAUUGCAAACCAGUCAUACAAGUUGAUGGUACAUUCAUGUAUGGGAAGUAUCGCGGUACGCUGUUAAUUGCAACAACACAAGAUGGAAAUAGUCAUGUUCUUCCGCUUGCAUUCGCUGUUGUUGAGGGGGAAACAUUAACAGCGUGGUCAUGGUUUUUGGCACACUUGCGUGAACAUGUCACAGAUAAAGAUGGUAUCUGUCUCAUUUCUGAUCGUCAUGCAAGUAUAAAGGCAGCUGUUGCGAAUGAAGCACUUGGGUGGCAACCUCCUCAUGCGUAUCAUGUGUAUUGCGUGCGCCACAUUGCAAGAUACACCCCGUGUAAGCAUAUUUUUGAUAGAAAUUUUGAUAAAUUUUGUGAGCUGAGUCCCCCAGUAAAAGCAUGGAUUGGGAAGAUCUCAAAAGAAAAAUGGACAAUGGCAUAUGACAAAGAAGGCCGUAGAUACGGUCAUAUGACAACCAAUCUAUCGGAAUGUGUAAAUAAAGUUUUUAAGGGAUGUCGCAAUGUACCAAUAACUGCCCUUGUGAAGUCAACAUACAGCAGGUGUCGAAAGUAUUUUGUUGAUCGUGGUCGUCAAGCACAAAGGGAAAUACGCGAUGGUCAAAUAUAUUGCUCACACGUCAUGAAAAAACUUCGGGAAAAUCAAGAAAAGGCUUGUUCUCACAUUGUUCGGACAUAUGAUAUUCAGAGAACAAUAUUUGAGGUUGAGGAGGCUUUCGACCCUAUGACUCAACGAGGUGGACAUAAAUGGACAGUUAACUUGAAUGAGCACUACUGUCAAUGUGGACAAUUUACUACUUACCACUAUCCGUGCUCUCAUAUCAUUGCUGCGUGUGGUACUGUUAGCAUCAACUUCUAUCAAUAUAUAGAUGUUGUGUACACAAAUGACUACAUAUUACGUGCUUACUCCGCACAAUGGUGGCCUCUUGGGAAUGACGAUGCGAUUGUCCCAUCUGAUGACCCGUGGACACUUGUGCCUGAUCCAAGUUUUAUUCGUGACAAAAAAAGGAAGGCCAAGAUCAACUCGAUUAAGAAAUGA